AUGCUGAACAACCAGGGAGCGCGAACGAGUCUGCAGGUGGCUCCGUUGGCGAUACAGAAGACCCGAGGCGGGACGAACGGAGGGUCCUCUGACGUGGUGGACUCGACGAACGGAUGCUCGGACACGCAAAUGACGCCGCCAGCGACCCCGAAUAGCCUACAGGAGGAAGCCAAUGCGCCCACCAACAACCCCGUCUUCCACAACUUCCUACGAGCAUUUUACCCUUUUCAUCCCGAUUAUGUCACCAGCGACUCGACAGUCACGUUGCCAUUGACGCGAGGGUGGCUACCGACGAACUACUGCGAAUCCUACGACCCAGAGGAGAUGAGGAGCCUGCUAAAGGCUCUGCUUAACUUUUGGGAUUUGAUGCGCAGCACCCUCGUGAACGACAGUGAGAUGUUUGGCAACCAAGAGUUCAUGAAGGGAAUAAUUGCCGGUGUUCGAUACCUGCUGGAACAAACACAGUGCCUGACACGAGAGUGCCCGUUGGUUCAAAGGCAUGAGGGACUUCGCAGGAGUCGGAAGUCGCUGCUCUCGGAGCUAUCGUCGCUUGUCAAGACAGCCAGGCGGUUACAAGAUGCGCAGAGGAUGAUUGGGACCGAAGACAUCAACGACGUUGUGGACGAGAUGAUUCUGAAAGCCUUCAGGAUCAUCACCAAGGGCGUCAAGUUCUUGGACAUUCUAGAUGACGAUCGGAGAUCACGGAUACCGGCAGUCACCGUGAUGACCACGCUGCAAGAAGAAGUCCUCAUCCCACUAACGCCGCCAGCCGACUCGGCUUCUCUCAGCGCCACACAAGAUUACGCCCCCGCUGCACACGCCCGAACUAGCGACUGCGGCGACGAUUCCGGCCCGGCGUCUCUUACAGGCGACACGGCUCAAGAACGGGCAUCGUGCGGCAACCGUUUGUCAUCCGGUUACCUGCAACAAAACACUAACGCUCGCCGGUCAUCGCAGCACAGCCUGCUGCAAACAAACCGGCUGUCAUCCACAAUUUCCCAUCGUGUCAGUUUGGCCGGUCCUUCGCCCUCCUCACAACCCCAGAACCUCGUUUCGGAGCGGCUCGAAACCUGUCACGAUGCUUUCCUCUCACAUCUGGGAUCCUUCAUCGGGCGACUUCAGCUCCAAUCCCAGUCGCGUCCCAGCCUAGCCAUUGCCAUAAAGCAAUCCGCCACGUCCGGCGGGGAGUUGCUAUUGGUGGUGGACGUGGUUUGCGCUCACACUUCGGUCAGCGUCGACGCGCUCGAGCAAGCCCGUACCGCCAUGUACAACCGGAUUCAAGACCUCGUCCACACGGCGCGCGACAUCCUCAGCAAUUCGGAGCCCGAGAUGGAGGAGGAUGUGAUUGUGCCGCACGAUAAUGUCCGCUUGUUGGGGGCGGCAACGGGUUGUGUGAAGGCUACAGGAGAGUGCGUCGCGAAAACGAGAUGGGUGAUCGAGCGGAUCGGCGACUUCGAAUUCGAGUUCGACAACGGUACCCUCGGCAUCGACUUCGGGCUGUCUGACUUGGCCUCGAUUUCGGAGGAGCAAUUCCAACAACAGCCCAGUGGCGCUGCAUCGCCAAGCAUCGCCGAGUCAACCGUGUCCGAAACACCCACCGUCUCCUCGAUAACAACUUCUGUGGCCAGCGCCACGCCUGCACACGCCCGGUCUUUCUCGAUCGACAAGCCGCUCCCGGAGGUCCCUCGGGUCACUUCGCCUACCCCGGAGCAACCGAUGUCGCACCCACCAUCACUCCUUGCGCCACAGUCACAAUCGUUCCUCUUCGAUAGCAGCUCGAGCGUGGUCUCGUCCGUCACCUCGCUCCGCCCCGACCUCCCCCCUCUCCCCAGGAUCUCAACCACAUCGUUGCCGACUGAAAGCUACAGCCCCACAGAGCCAUCUGCCAUCCAAGAAGCCGAGUUUCACUCUUUCCGGUCCGAGAGUAUGACCGCCACGAGCUCCGGCUCCGGUAGCACCUAUCUCAGUCGGGACUCGGAAUCGAGCAUCAUAUCCCAGACAUCGACCCGCGCGACGACGCCGGAUAUCACACAAGCACCCAAGGCACAACCCUCGCUCUCGAACUUGAGCGUGGCAGAGAGUCUGGCGCCCACAGAGGACGACGAGGCCGAAUCAAGACUGCUGGAGAAGACUUACGCCCACGAACUCAUCUUCAACAAGGAAGGCCAAGUAACCGGCGGCUCGCUUCCCGCCCUGGUCGAACGUCUUACCACACACGAGUCGACCCCCGACGCCCUUUUCGUGUCGACCUUCUACCUCACCUUUCGCCUCUUCUGCACGCCGGUCGCUCUCACCGAGGCGCUGAUUGACCGGUUCGAGUACGUCGGGGAGGCACCGCACAUUGCCGCUCCCGUCCGCCUGAGAACGUAUAAUGUAUUCAAGGGCUGGCUUGAAUCGCAGUGGCGCGAAGAGACGGACUGUGAAGCACUUGUGCUCAUCAAGCAGUUUGCCGAGCACCGACUGACCGCCGUACUCCCAUCCGCCGGCAAGCGCCUUCUUGAUCUGGCCGAGAAGGUGUCGGUGAUCGAUGGCGCCCUCGUACCGCGCCUCGUCUCUUCCAUGAGCAAGACGAGCAGCUCACUUGCUCAAUACGUCCCUGCCGAUACUCCGCUUCCCGCCUCCGUCAUCACCAAGAGCCAAGUGAACGCACUGACCAACUGGAAGAUCGGCGGCAGCUCCCCUUCGAUUCUCGAUUUCGACCCCCUCGAAAUCGCCCGCCAACUGACGAUGAAGCAAAUGAAUCUCUUUUGCUCCAUCAUGCCCGAGGAGCUUCUGGGAUCGAGAUGGACCAAGCUUGGCGGGGUCGAUACACCCAACGUCAAGGGGAUGUCGGUCUUCACCACUGGGUUGACAAAUCUUGUUGUUGACACCAUCUUGCAUUACGAAGAGGUCAAGAAGCGAGCCAACGUCAUCAAACAGUGGAUCAAGAUUGCGAACCAGUGCUCGUUGCUCCACAAUUACGAUGCCCUCAUGGCAAUAACCUGUGCGCUCACCGACACGAGCAUUAAGCGGCUGAAGAUGACGUGGGAUGCGGUCCCCGUCAAGCGCAAGGAGAUGCUCAAGGGCUUGCAAGCAACGGUCGAUUUCAACCAGAACUUCAAGGUUCUACGGGCCCAGCUUCACGACCAGGUUCCACCCUGCCUCCCUUUCCUCGGCAUGUUCCUGACGGACCUCACCUUUGUGGAUGUCGGCAACCCGGCUACGAAGACUAGCGACACGGGCCUAACCGUCAUCAACUUUGACAAACACACACGUACCGCGAAGAGCAUCGGAGAGCUGCAGCGCUUCCAGAUCCCCUACCGCCUUGCCGAGUUACCAGAUAUGCAGCAAUGGCUGGCGGCGGAGGUUGAGCGCGUCCGCGAGAAGGAGAAGGCAGGCGCCAAUGCCCAGGCCACACACUACCGAAAGAGCCUGCUCCUCGAGCCUCGGGAAGCACAGCAACUGCGCACACCCAUCGAAGCCCCCUCCGCCCCGAUAGGCAGCAGCAUGUUUAGCUGGAUGAGGGGCAACACAGGCCCUUCCCAGAUCUAA